AUGCAGACUCGAAAUUCUAACCGUCUUCUUGGAGACCAAAAGAGAAUCUUUCACGUACACCGUAACGAAAAUGAUGACAAACCCGAAGAAGAAUUUUCCAUCAUCAUCUCCCAAUUAUAUAAUUAUAUUAAAAGAAAAGUUAUUCUCUAUUGGAACAAAUUGUCCUCUCAUCCUAAACAACGACAUAUCAAAAUAACUGGUCUGUCCAUUAUCUUGUUAUUGUUAGUUUUACUUUUAUUCCCAACUCCACAACCAUCAUCGUUUUUCAAACGAUUCGUUGAUUCUACAACUGGGAUCUUUAAUGAAAUCAACACUUUAGAUCUUCCCGCUUCUGACGCGAUCAUGAAACAUACGGUAUCGUGUCGUCGCGUAGCAAAUAUGAUCGAAAGAAGUCCGGCUUUUCAUACCCAUGGUAAUAUUAUUGCAUCCAACUUGAGAAAUUUCGGAGAAACGGUCAUGAUAGCAGGGCAAAGUUUACGUAAAAUGUAUCGUAAAGGAUCAUUUGUAUUCACAUCCUUUGAUAUAGAAAUUGACGCAAUGAUGAAAAAAUUGGAAAAGUUGGAAUAUGGUGAUAUCAGAUAUUUUAACGCUCGAUUGAACAAAUUGGCAGACAUUGUUAAGGAAUUUCGUGUUAUAGUGGCGGAAGCAAGUAAAUCUGUUAUGGAUGCGGAAAAUGUACGUGAUGGGGUCGAAAAAUAUAUUAUUGAAGGUAAUAGAGAAGCGCAACGAUAUAUUGAUGAAAAUCAAGCAAGUUUUACUGAAUUAAAUAAAGCCAAAGAAGAACUACUAAUUACUAAUGAUAUCAUGAAGCAUUUACAAAGUACUGCCGUACACUUGGAUCAAGUUAACAAGAUUCUGAUAGAUUAUGAAGAUAAAUUAAUGGAUUUAAGCACGGAAAUGAGUCAAACUGAAGGGAAAGAUUUUUUGGAAAUUUCGAAACCUGAUCUUCAAUACUUGAAGAGUUCUAUAAAUAUUUUGAAAAAGAGUCAUGAUAGAUUCGUGCAUAAGGAAAAUUCAAUUAAUACAUAG